AUGGCUUCGUCAAACGAGACCGCGCCCGCGGCCAAACUCGCCCCCGCCCACACUGGGCCCGUGGCCGAGUCCACUUCUACCCUCGCCGAAGGAGACCGGCCCGUCACGAGCGAGAAGAAGGCCCCGUCUCACCUAAGCCCCGAUAACGAGGCCACAAACAAUGCGUACCUCAGCAGCGACUCCACGCGCGCGCCAUCCACUGUUGGAGACGAGAAGAAGACGGUUGACGACGCGGGGAGCACCAAGGAGGAGCCCGCAAUCCUCGCAAACGCCGAAGGCGAAGAAGACCUUGGAGACUAUCCAAAGGGGGUCGCCCUCACGUUUAUCGUCAUCGCCCUCGUCCUUAGCAUCUUCCUCGUUGCCCUUGAUAUGACAAUUGUCGCAACCGCCAUCCCCAAGAUUACCGACGAGUUCGGCGGCCUCGCCGAUGUCGCCUGGUACGGGUCAGCCUUCUUCAUGACCGUUGGCGGUUUCCAGUCUGUCUGGGGAAAGGCGUUCAAGUACUUUCCCCUCAAGAUCGCAUUCCUUCUCUCCAUCAUCAUCUUCGAGAUUGGUAGCUUGAUCUGCGCCGUCGCGCCGAAUUCUGUCGCCUUUAUUAUCGGACGUGCCAUUGCUGGUGUUGGCGCUGCCGGCGUCGGUGCCGGUGCCUAUACCAUCAUUGCGUUCGCCGCCGAGCCCAAGAAGCGGCCCAUGUUCACCGGCAUUAUCGGCGCGUCGUACGGCAUUGCCUCUGUUAUCGGCCCUCUGCUCGGUGGCGCCUUUUCGGACCACGUCACCUGGCGCUGGUGCUUUUACAUCAACCUUCCCAUUGGUGGCCUCUCGGCCGUUAUCCUCUUCUUCUUCUUCAAGGCGCCCGAGCGUGCAAAGCCCAUCGACGCGCCUCUUAGCGAGAAGCUCCUCCAGAUGGAUCCUCUGGGUGCCGCUCUGAUCAUGGCCGGCGUCAUUUCUUAUGUUCUUGCCCUUCAAUAUGGUGGCCAGACCGCGAGUUGGAACAGCUCCAAGGUCAUCGGCUUGAUCGUUGGCUCCGUGCUCAUCUUUACCGUUUUCGGAUUCUGGGAGUGGUACAACGGCGAGCGUGCCAUGAUGGUCCCGCGUCUGAUGCGGAUGCGGACUGUCUGGAACAGCUCUCUGUACGCCGCCUUCUUUGCCGGCACCUACUUUAUCGUCGUCUACUACCUGCCUAUCUACUUCCAGAGCAUCGACAACACUAGCCCUACCGAUUCGGGCGUGCGUAACCUGCCUCUCAUCCUCGCCGUCACCGUCGCGACCGUCGCAUCAGGCGGUAGCAUCACGCAGAACGGCAUUGCCGCCCCCGUGCUUGUCGGCUCCGCUGCCGUUGCCACCGUCUCCGCCGGUCUCUUGUAUACCCUCGACAUCGGUACUGGCUCUCCCAAGUGGAUCGGCUACCAGGUCCUUGCUGGUCUUGCUUGGGGCGCGGGUUUCCAGGUCCCCAUGAUCAUCGCCCAAGCCUCUGCCGAGGUCUCCGAUCUGUCUUCCACCACUGCUAUUGUUUUGUUCUACCAAACCACCGGAGGCGCAUUCCUCGUCUCUGCCGCACAGUCUGCCUUUAUCAACAGGGUUAUCAGCACGGCUUCCGUUUCGCUACCCGAUGUCGACCCCAUGAUGAUCCUCGCCACUGGUGCGACGUCGCUCCGCAUCGCAUUUACCGAGCAACAGCUUCCCGCAGUCCUCGAAGCCUACAUGGCGGGCAUCAAGCUUACUUUUGCCCUCGCUACCGGCACUGUCGGCUUCUCUUUCAUUCUCAGUCUCUUCGCCAGCUUCAAGCGUCUCAACACGGAUGCGUUGAAGGGUGGUGCCGGAGCGGCUUAG